AAAGAAAAACAAACAAACCACCUAUUGACAACAAGACAGAAAUCAUCGUAGAAGAAGAAAAAAAAGAAAAUACUGAGGCUUCAAAGAAAAAAAAAAAUAAAGAAGUACUUGAAAAAAAGAAAAAAGCACAAAAUAGAGAUAUACAAGACAUGACACUAGAUACUGAUAAAAAGAAAAAGGCCUAG